CUCAGUGAAGCAACACACUCGGCUAUAAAUACACGAGUCGUAGCCGAGGCUCUGCCUGCAGCAUAGCGUCUGUAUUUACAUACUGAACCUGGACAACUCGCAGAGCCGCUCACAGCUGUUGACAGUCAGUUUGUGCUGGAUUUAUCUUCUACCCAGCUUUUAAAACUGUGGCGAGUUCACUGCCAGAGCAUUUUCUGUUGUUUUGGACUUUGAGAGUUUUUUGGAAUUUGAGUUAAUUUGACCCAGGUGGUUGUGUUUUGGACCGAGCAGCUAUGGGAGACUUUUGGGGAGAUAUUGCCAGUCAGAGGGUGGCCAGGGCGAUGUCAGUGGGGAACGAUGAGGAGGCGGUGUUGGACCGGGGCAAGACCAGCUCCACCAGCUACACCAAAUUUGAGACGGAAGAACUGGAGAGUCACAGAGCGGUGUAUGUCGGCGUUCAUGUUCCUCUGGGCAGAGAGACUCGGAGGCGUCACCGUCACCGAGGACAUCGACAUCACCGGAAACGACGGGACCGCUCAGAUCGGGACGAUGGACGAGAGUCGCCCUCGAACGACACGCCAUCUCAGAGAGUCCAGUUCAUCCUCGGGACGGAGGACGGGGACGAGGAGCACAUCCCCCACGACCUGUUCACCGAGCUGGACGAGAUCGCCUUCAGAGACGGAGACUUCCAGGAGUGGAAGGAAACAGCCAGGUGGCUGAAGUUUGAGGAGGACGUAGAAGACGGAGGUGAGCGUUGGAGUAAACCGUACGUGGCCACGCUGUCCCUUCACAGUCUGUUUGAGCUGCGUUCCUGCAUCCUGAACGGCACCGUGCUGCUCGACAUGAGGGCCAACACCAUCGAAGAGAUCGCAGACAUGGUGAUUGACAGCAUGCUGGCUUCAGGUCAGCUGGAGGAGGGCGUUCGAGAGAAGGUGAAGGAGGCCAUGUUGAGGCGUCACCACCAUCAGAAUGAGAAGAAGCUGAGCAACCGAAUCCCGCUGGUUCGAUCCUUCGCUGACAUCGGCAAGAAACACUCUGACUCCCAUUUAUUGGAACGCAACGGUCUGCUGGCGUCCCCUCAGUCGGCUCCUGGAAACCUCGACAGCAAAAUCGACAGUCGCAUCAUCGGAGGAAACGGAGGCAGCCGGGAGAACAGCACUGUGGACUUCAGCAAGGUGGAUAUGAACUUCAUGAAGAAGAUCCCUCCCGGUGCAGAAGCCUCCAACGUCCUGGUGGGUGAAGUCGACUUCCUGGAGCGACCGAUCAUCGCCUUCAUCCGUCUCUCUCCCGCCAUGCUGCUGACCGGCCUCACAGAGGUCCCUGUGCCCACCAGGUUUCUCUUCCUCCUGCUCGGUCCGUUUGGAAAAGGUGCGCAGUACCACGAGAUCGGACGCUCCAUCGCCACUCUGAUGACAGACGAGAUCUUCCACGAUGUUGCCUACAAGGCGAAGGACAGGACCGACCUGCUCUCAGGGAUCGAUGAGUUCCUGGAUCAGGUCACUGUGCUCCCUCCAGGCGAGUGGGACCCCACCAUCCGCAUCGAACCCCCAAAGAGCGUCCCGUCUCAGGAGAAGAGGAAGAUGCCGUCGGCCCCGAACGGCUCUGCUCACGGCUAUGACCUCUUCAAGGAGGCGGAGCAUGACGCAGGACCAGAGCUGCAGAGGACAGGGAGGAUCUUUGGAGGUUUGGUGAACGACAUUCGGAGGAAAGCUCCCUUCCUGUGGAGUGACAUCAGAGACGCCCUCAGCCUGCAGUGUUUGGCGUCCGUCCUCUUCCUCUACUGCGCCUGCAUGUCGCCCGUCAUCACGUUCGGAGGUCUACUGGGAGAAGCCACCAAAGGAAACAUAAGUGCCAUAGAGUCUCUGUUCGGGGCGUCUCUGACAGGCGUGGCCUACUCCAUGUUCGCUGGUCAGCCUCUCACCAUCCUGGGCAGCACCGGUCCGGUUCUAGUCUUUGAGAAGAUCCUCUUCAAGUUCUGCAGUAACUAUGGUCUGUCCUACCUGUCCCUGCGGACCAGUAUCGGACUCUGGACCGCCUUCCUCUGCCUGUUGCUGGUCGCCACCGACGCCAGUUCUCUGGUCUGCUACAUCACCCGCUUCACCGAGGAGGCCUUCGCCGCCCUCAUCUGCAUCAUCUUCAUCUACGAGGCUCUGGAGAAGCUGGUCCACCUCGGGGAGCUCUACCCCAUCAACAUGCACAGCCAGCUGGACGACCUCACCUUCUACACGUGUCAGUGUUCUCCGCCUGCCAACGCCUCGGCUGACGUCCAGAAUAUCUGGAGCAAGAAAAAUUUGACCGCAGAAAGCAUCCAGUGGCAAAAUCUGACUGUGAAGGGCUGUCUGGAACUUCACGGGGAGUUCGUCGGCUCUGCCUGUGGCCACGAAGGUCCCUACGUCCCCGACGUCCUCUUCUGGUCCGUCAUCCUCUUCUUCACCACCUUCUUCCUCUCCUCCUUCCUCAAACAGUUUAAGACCAAGAGAUACUUCCCCACCAAGGUUCGAUCGACCAUCAGUGACUUCGCUGUCUUUCUGACCAUCAUGAUCAUGGUGUUGGUGGAUUAUCUGGUGGGAGUUCCUACACCCAAACUCGACGUACCCGACCGCUUCGAGCCCACGUCAAACACUCGAGGGUGGCUGAUCUCCCCGCUGGGAACGAACCCCUGGUGGACAAUGCUGGCCGCUGCUGUCCCUGCUCUGCUCUGCACCAUCCUCAUCUUCAUGGACCAGCAGAUCACCGCUGUCAUCGUCAACAGGAAGGAGAACAAACUCAAGAAAGGCUGUGGCUAUCACCUGGACCUGCUGGUGGUGGCGCUGAUGCUGGGCAUCUGCUCCAUCAUGGGCCUGCCGUGGUUCGUGGCAGCGACCGUGCUCUCCAUCUCCCACGUCAACAGUCUGAAGCUGGAGUCGGAGUGCGCGGCACCAGGCGAGCAGCCAAAGUUUCUGGGCAUCAGAGAGCAGAGAGUCACCGGCUUCAUGAUCUUUGUCCUGAUGGGCUGCUCUGUCUUCAUGACCUCCAUCCUCAAGUUCAUCCCGAUGCCGGUCCUGUACGGAGUCUUCCUCUACAUGGGCGUGUCCUCACUCAAAGGCAUUCAGCUGUUCGACCGCAUCAAACUGUUCGGCAUGCCGGCCAAACACCAGCCGGACCUGAUCUACCUGCGCUACGUCCCCCUGUGGAAGGUCCACGUCUUCACUGUGGUGCAGCUGACCUGCCUCAUCGUCCUCUGGGCCAUCAAGGCCUCGGCCGCCGCCGUCGUCUUCCCCAUGAUGGUUCUGGCUCUGGUGUUCAUCCGCAAGCUUCUGGAUUUCUGCUUCACCAAGCGAGAGCUGAGCUGGUUGGACGACCUGAUUCCAGAGAGCAAGAAGAAGAAGGAAGAUGAUAAGAAGAAGAAGGAGAAGGAGGAUGCUCAGCGAAUGCUGGAUGAAGCGGAGGAUGAUCAGCCGUACGACCGAGGAAUUGACUUUACAGUAAAAAACCUGAAAAAACUCGUGGACCCAUCCGAGGUGAACAUCUCAGAUGAAAUGGCAAAAAGCGGCAUUUGGAAAUCAGUUUAUAAAACCUCUGAGAGCAGCAAAUCUCUGAAACGCUGCAACAGCCACGACAAGCUGCCGACCAUCCAGAUAAGGGUGGAGAAGGAGGACGGUCGCAAUGCCGUGGACGCUGAGACUUCAUUAUGAUCCACUGCCGCUCCCCACCACCAGGCGGCACCGUUGGAAGAUGAGGUUACUGAUGGGAUACUGUAGCCCUCUCUGAACUGAGGUGAAAGGUCAUGGGACGGCCAAUCAGGCUUCACCUCGCUGUGCCGUACUUCUCGUGCUGUGUGUUCUCAGGCGAAGGUGAACAUUUAAUUUUCUCAUCGUUUUAUGGUGAAACACAAAGACUCCGCCACUGGGAGCCAAUCUGGCCGCCACUUUUGGAAACAUCUUCCUCAGGUUUCUUUGGUUGAUUUUUACUCGGGCGGUCGGCUGCUGCGCUGUGAUUGGCUGCUGAACCGACACACACAGACUCAGUUGAAGGCCUGAUUUAUUUUUUUUUCCAGACUGAUGAGUUUAAUUUUAUGGUUUUAAAUUUUCUGUUUCUGCUUUUAUGAAGCAGCGGUUCACCUCCGACAGGUUUUUAUUUAAUCCGUCAUGCUGAUUUAAGUUUUAUAUAUAUGUGUGUGUGUGUGUGUGUGUGUGUGUGUGUGUGUAUGUAUGAGUGAGUUUCUAUGUAUAUGUAUGCGAGUGUGUGAGAGUGUGUGUGCAUGAUCACUGUUGUGCCUCACCUUGUUGCCUGCAGUGGCCAACUGGAUGAUGUCACAGCCGCUGUCGUCAUUGUUUCUUGUUUCUUCUUAAAGUUUAAAUAAAAUCAGUUUGGUGACGACGA